GAAAAAUGAAAAAAAGCCUUUUGGAAAGAUAUUUAUUUUAGAUUGUCUUUUUUAAAAUUAGAAAUAAUUUUUCUAAUUAUUUUAGGGUUCUCUCUCUGUUCCACUCAAAAUAAAAUAAAAACCCUCUUUCCCUUUCUUCAGAUCUUAUCUUUCCCCUCAGGUUUCUCUCUCCUCUCUCUCUCUCUCUCCUCUCUCUCCAGAAGGGCAAAAAUUCCCUUAAAGAGUCGUUUGUUAACCCAAUCUCAUAGAUCUUUUGAAAUGGAUGAUGAUGGGUUUCGUAAUUGGGGAUACUACGAACCAGCUGCUGCUACAUUCAAAGGUAACCUCGGUUUACAGCUAAUGUCAACCACUGAUAGUAACACUAAACCGUUUUUACCCGGUCGAGACCCGAGUCUAAUGAUGAGCCAAAACGGUUCAUACCACCACCCUGAACCACCCAUCCACAUGAGCUACAAUUGGAUUAACCAACAAAGGGACAAGUUCUUCAACAUGUUGCCUGUCACAACAACCACUCCUAAUUACGGAAAUGUCCUUCCCGAAACUUCGUCAGCCCCAUCCAUGCAUCAUCAUCAUCAUCAUCAUCAAACCGAGGAUCAUCUGGUUAAAUGCGAAGAAGAAGAAGAAGAGAUUGUUCAGCCUAACAAGAAGAGAAAGCCUAACUCAAAAGCUAGCACCACAACAACAAAGGGGAAGAAACCUCGUAAACCAAAAGAAGACAACGACAACAAAACCAACGUCUCAAGAAUCAAACCGGCUAAGAAAAGCGUUGACUUGGUUAUCAACGGAGUCAACAUGGACAUUUCUGGUCUCCCUGUCCCCGUCUGCACUUGCACCGGAGCUCCUCAGCAAUGCUAUCGUUGGGGAUGUGGUGGUUGGCAAUCUGCGUGUUGCACCACCAACAUAUCCAUGCAUCCGUUGCCUAUGAGUACUAAACGCCGUGGAGCGAGGAUCUCCGGGAGGAAGAUGAGUCAAGGAGCGUUUAAGAAGGUUCUUGAGAAACUUGCUUCUGAUGGGUUUAAUUUUGGGAACGCCAUUGAUCUUAAGAGCCAUUGGGCUAGACAUGGGACUAACAAGUUCGUCACCAUCAGAUGAUUUAGUUUCAGGUAAUCUCUCAUGUGAGUUUGGAAACAGUCUUUUUUAUAAUACGGUUGCUUUUAUGUUCUUGUAGUCUCUGUUUGUUUGUUUGUAUGUCUGAGGAAGAAGGUGACUGAGAAAAUCUGCAGGGAAGUUUGAUUUUCUUACUUUUGUUCUUUCUUUUGUUAUCUUUAUAAACAUUUUACUGACUUGUAAGCUGUAACAGAUAUUCUUUUAAAUUAAAUGUUUUAUUUCUCUG